GGUCGGCGAAUGGCGGCGGAGCUCGCAGACGCCAUGGGGUCCCUGCGCCUCGCGGCGGAGGCCGCGCCGCAGAGCGCGGAGCCCGCGAGCGUCGUUUUCAAGGUGGCCGGCUGCGAGGCCUUCACGCUCGAGCUGGAGACGUCCACGGCCGUCCGCGACGUCAAGAAGCUUGUCGCUGAGGAGAGCACCAUCGCGCCCGAACACAUGCGGCUGCUCUACAAAGGGAAGCAGCUGAAGGACGCCCUGUCCCUCGACGACGAGGGCUUCGACGGGGAGGGCACGGUGCAGGUGCUGUACACCGCGGGCCACACAGGGCUCGUGGGCGGUAGCCAGAAGCAGGAGGUGGUGCGCAACCCCUUCAACCCGCCGGUGCGUGGCAUCCCGGGCUCCAAGGGCAGCCGGACCUCCCGCAUGUCGGGGCGGCCCGGCGGCAUGGGCCUCAUCCGCAAGUACGGCAUCAUGAUGAAGCGUCAGGAGUUCCGCGAGAAGGCCACCGAGAUCGGGUUCAUCAAGUACCGCUGAGGGCGGGGCUGGCGCGCGCGCCGAAAGGGGCCGAGCUCGCCGAGCCUCCGGGGGGGGGGGGCCGAGGGCCUUCCGGCCCAGGGCUCGCCUCUGAGCCUGCACGUCGUCUGCGCCGUCGGGCCGCCGAGCGGUCUCGGGGUCGAGCCCAUUCGGCGGCCGAGGGGCCUCGGUUUCCCACGAUCGUUGCGUGGUGUCCGACCCCGGACCAGACCUCCAGGGUCGGGUUUCGGGGCCGCCGCGGCGGUCGCGGCGGCCCAACGUCGGGGCAAGGCUUGUGUCAAGGAGUGGCGUGUCCCUUCCCAGCCCCUCCCCCCGCUCUGCGAUGCAGACCUGGCGCGUAUCGUACGACGCCGUGCAGCCGCGAGAGGGUAAUUCUGAGGAGCACCCGGAGAUCCCGAUACCUCCAUGGCCGCCUUCCCUCCCCGAGGAGGUUGGGAUUGUGCCGCGCGUGCGGCGAGGAAUGCGCUCGAGUGUGGGUGGCAGCAUAGAAAAA